CGACUACGCCACGAAUAAAACUAAACCAAAAUCUGUUUAAGGCCCAGCCCAGUCCAGUCCAGCUCAGUCCAGCCCAGCCCACUCUGCAUAAUUGAGCGUGUGUGUUUUCAGCGUGAGGAGCAGGCACAGUCAUGUCAUGGGAGAGCAUCGCAUCUAAAGACCUGCUAAGUAGCAUUCCACCUAGUCACAAUCUGUCUGCCACACAUCUGUUGGCUUCUCCGGAUGGGUCGCGCUAUUUGCUGGAAAAUUCAAAUGAUUUUUGUCAACUAGAUGAGAGCUAUUCGCGAAUCGCAGGCUAUGGUUCCAGUCCGGAGGGAGGUUCAUUGUGGGCACGACAGAGUCUAUUACGUCCAGGCAACUCGGUGAUUAGCUGCUUCUGGGCUUGCCAACGCAGCUUGCGUCAGUAUAUGGCCAAACGAAAGAUCGAGCGGGGCUUGCGUCUGUAUGAGCAACAUAAUCAAACCGCAGCCGUGCGCACCUGGCGCAGUGCUCUGGGCACCUGUAGGCGGGAGGAUUGCUUUCAGCUGCUGGGCUAUUUGUAUCAGGCACACAUGGACUGGGGAAAGUACCGGGAGGCCAUCGAAUUUGGACACCAGCAGUUAGGCAUAUCCGAGGAGCUGGACUCUCCAACCAUGCGAGCCGAAACCUAUUUGAAUCUGAGUCGAGCACAUGCCAGUCUGGGUGGCUUGGAGCGGGCUCUGAGCUAUGCCCGGCAUUCGCUAUAUAAUGAGUGUGGCACCAAGUGCCGUACUGGAGGUUUGGUACAUUUGACCGUGGCACGCGUGUACCUAGAGAUGGGCGGCUUCUCAAGAGCUUUGGAAGGUCUGCAGGGUGCCCAUAAAAUAGCCACUGCCAUUGGGGAUCCCUCGCUGGAACUGCAGGUCUAUGUGGCCCUUUCAGAGCUAUUUGGACGUCUGCAAGAUAAUGACAAGAGCGCCACCUAUGCCUCGAAAGCCUACGAUCUAUCUAGAUCAUUGCAAUUGGGCGAUCUAAACUCUUGUCACCAUCGGGCUGCACUGCUUCGCAUGGCGGCCUCGCUGCGCAAACAGGGUGAUCUGGGGGAUGCCCACGACUACUGUAUGGAGGCAACUAGACUGUCGCUAAUAUCCGGUGAUCAAGCAACCUAUACUCGGUGCAUUCGCGUCAUGGGCGACAUAUACCGCAAGAAAAUGGAUAUCGAUCGCGCUUUUAGGCAAUACGAGCAAGCGAUGGGCACCUCAGCUUCUUUGGGUGAUCGCAUGGCACAAAUGGAGGCAAUGGAUGGAGCCGCACGUUGUUUGGAGGCGCUACGUCUUCAGCAGAAGAUUUGCAAUUGCAGACCCCUGGAGUUUAACACCCGUUUGCUGGAGGUCGCCAGCUCUAUAGGUGCCAAGCUAUUGGUCCGUAAGAUACGCAGCCGAUUGGCGCUGAUCUACCGUGCCCUAGGCGAUGAGGAUCAGUACAACACGCACUUUCGCUUGGCAAACCAAACUGAUGCGGCCCUGGGCUUAAACUGCGGCGCCUGUGGAGAGCUCUUUGGCUUGCAGCCGGAUUCAUUGGAAGCGCUACCAUGCGCCCACAUUCUCCAUGCGAGAUGUGCCCAUGACAUAAUGCGACGGCGGGACAAGAACACACCGACACGCUCUUGUCCGGCCUGCAAUAAGGUGCUCAGCUCCCGACUACACUUGUGCGGAACGGGUGGUGCCAAUGCUGAGAACGAGAGCACUGAUGGAGGCAGCGCAGCGACCGUAACGCUCAAUGCCAAUGGGCUGGCAGUUGAGGGAUUCCUGGGUCUGCAUAAUGAAGCACUUUUGCCGCUACCAGUACGUGGCAAUGAGUCGGCCGUAUUCUGCAAUGGUUUGAAUAACAAGUCCAUGCCCAGCAUUGAGAGUACGACGCUACUGCUGACAGCCAACAACUCCCCAAAGGCUGUCUAUCGAAGCAACCUGUCCCUCGCAUCGUUGAGCAUGCGUGCGUCCAGUCUGACCAUCGACAGUGAUCGCAACGCCACAUCCUCCGUCUGAGGCGGCAGGGAGGCGCAUAGAGCCUUGGACCACAACCGCCCAAUAUAGAGGCUAGCAGCAAUUUACAUCAGCGCACACACACACAGACACACUAACACACACACUAACACACACAACUUUCCUGCCCGCUCUAGCAGUUGAUUCUUUGUUGUUCGAUCGUUCCUGGCAUAGCAAACAGAAACUGAGAAUUCCCACAUAUGCAUUUUGUCAAAACAUUUGGCCAGUCGCUAGUGGAGCGCAUGCGCACCAGCUCGUGAGUAUUGUGAUUAUAUCGAUCCAAUAGAUAAAUUAUAGCUAGAUAGCUUACACAUAGUCGGAUGCAUCACAAAUGCACAUUAAAGUUAACAAUGAACUCAUCUCUUCCAAAAGUGUUUCCUGAGUGAAAGCGAACUCCUUUUAGACAAUGGCUCUAGGUACCAGAUUGCAGGGCAUUUGCAGAGCAAUAUAUAGUACCUACAGCAAUUGUUUGAGAUAUUAUAGUUUUUCAAGGCGACGACAUAGCUUAUUUAAAUCUUGCAACGUACUCGUAUGUAGAUUCAACGAACCUCGUUAAAAACCUUGAUAAUGAAGUGAAUAGUGUACCUUAAUCGAAGUAAGAUGCUAGGAUGGUCUAUUGAAAGAAUAUACUUAUAAAAAAAAAAAAACAUAGCAGAAAUAGAGAAAAACACAGACAUGCUGUUAAAAUAUUGAAAUUCCAUACAACAUAUAGAAGAUAUACAUGAUAUAUAUGUAUGUAUAUAUAUAUAUAGUAUAUAUAUACACACGAACAUACACAAAUACCUUUAGACUCGAUAUUAAAGCGAACAAUUCAGAAAAUAGAACAGAGAAAUACAAAUGAAACCAAAAGAAACUCAAGAAAUAUCGAGUUACUAUUUAUGACAUACGAGAAACCCAUUUUAAAUGUUACUGCUAGACGAUGCUU